AAUAGACCCGAGUCCCCAUGUCGCGGAAACCCGGCCGCGGAGUGAUACUCUCAUCACGAGGGAGAAGGGUCGGGGUCAGCAGCAUCAUAAGAAGGUCAUGUGUGAAGACUGGCAGCGGGACUUCGUCCUCGGUCCUCAUGAUCAUCUCAUCAACCAAUGCAAUUUUGAUCGUCAGUUUCGUCAGGAAGACAGCUAUGGAACUGCUAGAAUAAGUGCUAUGUUGAAGGCUGUUCAUCGGCUGGGGCUGGGUGCGGUGAUCAUCACAGUUCUUUCCCUGGUGUAUUUCGUUCUAAUGACACAAUCUGUCGCAAAGCUGGUCCAACCUCGGUCGCACAACAGCUCCAGUUUGAUACACAGGAAUGCAUCCUUACUACAGAUCUCACAGGCUUUGAACCUUGUAACUACCGUUGUGCCUAGUCACACAACCAGUGCCAAGAAGAACAAUACUGACGUUAGCAUAAACAGCAAAACUGUCACACAAAAUGUUUCCAGACACCUGCAGAAAACCACGCCUGUGGACGUUGUGGAGUUAGGAAGACAUUUUAAUGGAACAUGGCAACAAAAUGACAAAGCCAUUGCAGUACUCAGGGAAGAGCUGUACAACUGCUGUUCUACCCAAGAUGAUUUCAUUCUGACCCAGAAGAACACAAAAAUAGGGAUGACUAUCCACUAUGCCAUACAGAAGGACAGGACCUACAGGGUCACCUCUGCACUCACCAGGAUGUUGCCUAAGACCUCUCCUUUUUCUGGGAGGAGGUUCUCCCGCUGCAGUGUGGUGGGGAACGGGGCCAUCCUGUCCCAGAGUGGAUGUGGGCAGGAGAUUGAUAGAGCAGAUUAUGUCUUCAGGUGCAACUUACCUCCUAUUGGAGGCAAGUAUGCUGAGGACACAGGGAUAAAGAGCAAUUUUACCACUGCUAACCCCAUAUCUCAAAUAUCCUGGAUAUACAAGGGCCUGCGGACCCAGCAGGGAAGGGACAAGUUUAUGACAGACAUCAAGAAGUUCCCUGGCCUCCUCUGGGUGUCAGCUUUUGGAGUCAAGGCUGCUACAGGAAUCUCCCAGCAAGCCUUGAGAUUUGUAACCCAGAGGAGGAUCAGGAACCCAGCACUGGUGUUUGGUAACCCAAAACACUUCAUCAACACCAUGAACUACUGGAAAGCACACGGCCUGUCCAACCGGCUGUCCACUGGAAUGUACAUGUCCAGUAUGGCCCUGUCUGUGUGUGACCAGGUGCAUCUCUUUGGCUUCUGGCCAUUUGACAAGGAUCCUGAGGACCAGCCGCUAGCUUAUCACUACUAUGACAAGGGCAAAGUGGACAAGGUGCACAACAUGCCACAGGAGUUUCUGAAGCUGUUAGAAUGGCACCAACAAGGUAUAGUCAAUGUUCAUGUACACAAAUGUGAGACAGGUAGGUGAUGCUGGUGCAUAUCACUGGUUACUUGCCGUCAGUAUGCAAGCUACCAGGUACAUGUGCAAAUGAAGUAGAACAUGUUAGAUAAAUCAAUCUUGUCCGCAGCAUUCUACAUUUGUAUGGGUCAAACUAUGGUAGUGUAUAAAAGACAUCCUGGCACAGCUGUCUACAUUGUAACUCCCCUCCUUAGAGUAGUAGCUGGGAUGAAAAGUAUUUUUGAUACAUGAUCUUGAGGCUGUUGUACAGAGGCUAACUAACUUAGCACAGGGAGCUGGUUUGUUUUUCAGUCUAGUUCUAUACUCAGUCCAAAGCAUCAAACACACUGCCAGGUUUACAUUUGUCCUCCAUUUUUGCAGUCUUCCGAGCGUUAUACAUUUGUACAUACCGGUAACGUUAUGUGCCAUCCAAUAUAAUUAAUGUCGAGGUCUAUUUUCUACAUAAUAACAAUAGAGACAAGUAUUGUUCAGUAACUUUUCAUGCUUAUUGUUGUCAUUUUGAUAUCUAUAUCUACAUUAGAAUGUAGUAAUGGUACUGUGAGCACGAAGUUGUUGACUGUAUUUUGAGAACUAGUACAACUAUGUACUUGAAGUACAUCAUAGCUGUGUAUAGAAUUGUGGCCUUGAUCAGGCCAGGUUCCUCACGCAGUGUGAAGUACUGCAGCUAGUCUUGCAAUGAGAGCUUGGGGAAUAUGGAAGAGAACUCAAUCUGAUAAGGAGAGUUACCAGGCAAAGACUCGGGUGCAAUUUAAUUAUGUUUAUCUUGAAUGUAGUGCCUCCUGGUAGUGAGUGAAAGAGGUGCAGUUCACAUAGUAAUCAUAGAAACAUGUGCCUCUGUCAAUCAGUUAAAUUGUCAUCAGUUUGUUUUAUCCUUAGGCUAGUAAAUUGUAUUGUCUGAAUCAGGCAGUUCUCAAUAAGUUGUUAAUUUUAUUAUCAAACUUUUAUCAAUAUCAAUGUAUUCAUCAUCAUCAAUCUUUUACAAUCAAUAGCAUAAGCUUUGGCUUUUUUUAGCAGUUAAAUCAAUUCUUGUAUAUAUGAUAUGUAAAUUGUUUUGCAAAAGGGUACUUAUAUAUGUAUGUAGAGAGAGAGAGAGAGGGGGAGGGAGAGAGGAAGGAAGAGAGAGUGUGUACUUAAAGCUAAGGGCACAACCCACCGUACAUGUUAUUUGUCCGUACAUUUUGUGGGGAAGCCACGUCCGUCAGGUUUUUCUGAAAAAGGGGAAGGAAUGGCAAGAGCAGGGAGUACGUCUAAAUGCACAUCUCUCGCAUGGUUGCGUUAGUAUAUGAUCCAAA